CCGGUUCAAUGUUUCUUGCGACCUCCCGGUGGUAAUCCAUGACUCUACCAGUCUCUUUCUCUUACCCCUCACAACCGUGCCCCAAAAGUCAGCUCCGAUUAGCGCGCAACUCGCGCGGUGCUCGAUUGGAGCUUUUCCGCCUUCCUCCGAACCCUGAUGAAUACGCCUCGGAACCUAUACCAUGCCUCCCUCCACGAUCUCGAAUAACCCCUCCCAGAAGCUCUCCUCCCCGGGGUUCAAUGCUGGCGCACGUCCCUACCGGUCCCACAAGGUCCGCGCCUGCGACCUGUGCAGAAAACGCAAGUCGCGCUGUACGGUGGACAUCCCCGGACAGUCGUGUUUGCUCUGUCGCGUCCAGGGCGCCGAUUGUCACUACCAGGAGGAGGGCAGUCAGGAGCCCGUCGCCUCGAACGGAUGCGAAAUGAGAAGCUGGUCAGCGGACCACGCGCGGGGAGCCUCGGUACCAGGCCAGAAACGCAAACGCUCCUCGGAUAUGAGUCCCCCUCCCAACCCCGGUCGCCCCCGGGCUGAUACCUCCCCGAGCGGGCCCCGCGAGGAUCCCGCGCGCGGGUUCCGGGCCAAUGGAUCUCGACGGCGGAGUCUCGAGGACCCGCAUAAUGAGUCGAUGCACAUCGUCGGGCCCGUCGUGGCCGAUGAUGCGCAGGUGAUUGAGAAGCUCAUGCCCACGGAAGGGUCGAGCAAGUCGGUCGAGCCCAAAGGCCAUCCAUACAACGUUUACUCCAGCGAUCCGAGGAAGCCGAUCCUCUAUCAGACGGUGUCGCGACGGCGACAAGGCGUGCGCGUGGGCAUCCCUCCCGGGGAAAACCAAAAGGAGAUUCUGGAACAGAUACUGGGGCCAUUCCGGCAUGAUCUAGUGAGGCUGUUCCUGGACCGGUUCAAUGUCGCGUUUCCGAUCUUUGACGGCGAUAGUUUCUGGGAGGCGUACAUCUCGGAGUCGCCCGGUGAACCCCCUGCAUCCCUCUUGUGUCAGGUGUACUCCAUGUCCCUUGUGUACUGGAAACACACGCCGAAAUUGGCGUGUCACCCCAAACCGGACGUCCGGUACGCCGUCAACAUGACCGUGGCUGCGCUGCAUGAGGAAUUCUCCGCGCCGGGUCUGUCGACCAUCAGCGCAGCGCUCGUCGAUCUGACGGGACGGCCAAUCUUCUCCAUGACCGGCAACGCCAUCAGCUGUGGUCGGAUGAUCUCCCUUGCGCACUGUCUGGGCUUGAACCGCGACCCAAUUAACUGGCGACUGUCCCGGCAAGAGAAGAACAAUCGGAUCCGUUUGUGGUGGGGCGUGGUAAUCCACGAUCGUUGGGGAAGUUUCGGCCACGGCGUACCACCCCAGAUCGCAAAGAACCAGUACGACGUUCCCUUACCAACAGUCGAUUCCCUCGUCCCACCUUCGUCCCGUACGACAGAGCGCGUGCGCGCAGCGCAUUGCCACAUCGCGCUAUGCCACUUGACAGAGAUCCUGGGCGAAUUAAUGCCGCUAGUCUACGGACUCCAGCAACGACUACCGCGCGAGACGUCCAAGAAAGUCCGACAAAUCCGCACGGACCUAGACUCCUGGGAGGAUUCAUUGCCCGACUGGCUACGAUCUCCCACCAACGAUUCGGAGGAUCGCAUUUCGGGGAGCUGCAGCCUCCUGCUGGGUUUCCUGGCUGUCAAGAUGCUUGUUGCUAGAGUAGAACUCACGGAGGUAAACAGCGGCGAGACAGAUAACCCCGAAGCCCGACGCUACUUCCAGACCGAGUGCCGGCGAUCCGCUGAGGAAAUCGUCCACUUCAUCUCGUCUCUACGAAAAGAGAAUUUCGCCGAGUUCUGGCUUCCCUACAGCGCCUUCCACCUAACCUCAACAGCCACCCUCCUCGUCCGCUGCGCCCUCGAAACAACAGACACCGAAAUCGCCCGCUCCUGCCUCUCCAACGUCGACAUCUUCCGCACCAUCCUGCGCCGCGUCCGCGACGAAGAAGACUGGGACGUAGCCGACAUGUGUCUCGACCACUGCGAGCGGCUGCUCAACCGCUUCCCGUCGUCCAGCGCCAGCCUCUCAGACCCCAACUACAGCGGCGGCGGCGUCAGCUUGGGCGGCCACGCUGAUGGUGGCACUGCGGGCCGGCUGGUCAACCCGGCGGCGAUUUCGCUGCCCGAGACGCAGACGAAUAAUGAUAUCGUGGAUGAUAUGAUGUCGAUUUCGGGUACGUUUGGGACUAUGGAUGGGUUUCCGUUUGAUAUGACGGGGAUUUGGGAUGUUUCGGUUUUUCAAGAUGUUAAUCUGCCGACGUGAUCUCUCUCUCUUUCUUAUUUUUUUUUUUUGUUUCUUGGUUGUUUUUUUUU